GACAGCGACAGCCUACGCCCAUCUGCACCGCACCUCUUCGAACUACCUCGCGAGCCAGCGCCAUCUAUACGUCGGGCAAGAUCGAGACACAUCAGCGACCAUGGCCGACUCAAGCUCAAGCAGCAACGCCGUUGUUCCACCCCCAGCCCGAUCCAACCGACCGAUGAGCGAAGCAUUGUUGAACGAAAAGUGGGACCACUGCUUGAGCACAUUGCUGAUCCGAUCCGGCCUCGGCGCAUCUUUUGGCGUCAUUUUCUCAGUACUCCUGUUCAAGCGCCGUGCAUUCCCAGUAUGGGCUGGCCUCGGAUUUGGUGCUGGACGGGCCUGGGAGGAGUGUGAUAGCAGCUUCAAGCGUGCCACAGCACCAUCGCGCGAUGGCCUUCGAGUACUGAGGCCUUGAGUAUGGGAACACAGUGGACUGCGAAAGAUAUGGACUUGAUAUGAGAGACAAUGCAGCCGGACACGCUGAGCGGUAAUGACCGGGCGCCGCGAGCGUCUCAUUCACAGGGUUGAUGUUUGCGAGCGUGUCCAAGUAGAACACCUGUAUAUUUGCUAAGUGUGGACUAUGUCCAGUCUUCUAGAUGACGCGCUGAACAGGGUCAGCGAUUCACACUGUACAGAAACCAAAUCGCAUGCAAUGAUCUCGAACGUCCUCAG